AUGCAGAAGAAUGUAACCCCUUACGUUAUAGCACACUGGAACAAUUCAUAUACCAAACAAUGCAAAUACGUCAUAAUGAGCGCUUGGAGUAAUCCUUCAUGCACGGUUGAAGAUAAACUUGGUGACGAUAGCGUUCUUGCUAUUGUUCCUUGUAAUGGAUCAUAUGAUGUUACCGUCGUCAAUAAUAAAUUAGCUAGUGUUAUAGCACGAGAUGGUUUGCUCCAUGGCUCUGAAGGUCUUCAUUGUAAAUUGAUAGAUUCCAGAGUAAAAGUUGUGUCUUUCAUGCAUAUCCCUGUUUAUGUUUCCGACAAGGAUAUUGAAGUCAAAUUGAAAUCUUGGGGUGUGACCUCAUGUGGUCCUAUAAUCAGAAAAACUAAGGACUAUGAUGGUAAAAAGAAGUAUGAAGGUACGAGGUUUGUAAAGGUGGAAUUCCCCCCCACCGUCUGUAGUUUACCUUAUGCAACUGUUUUCGAUGGUCAGUCGUAUUCAGUGCGUCAUAAUGACCAGGAGAAGGUGUGUUUUAUCUGUCUUUUACCUGGUCAUGUUGUUUCGAAUUGUCCCGAAUUCAAGUGCUUCAGAUGUUAUAAACAGGGCCAUGGGAAAAAGAGCUGCACUUCGGUUCUUUGUCCAAGAUGCAAUUUAUAUGAUUGGAAAUGUCAAUGUUUACAACCUGAUGAUAAUGUUUUUACUGGAGCUAAAAACAACAUUACUGAUAACCUAUCAAGAUCUGUUGUUUUAACGAAUGAAGUUCAUGAACCAACAACAGCUUUACCGUUAAGUGUUGAUGUGGUGUCG